AUGACCGACGACGAUGACGAUGACGACAGACCCGCUAGAGCGGGGAACAAUCUCACGGAUAUUUUCCAACUCGAGGACAUUACCAAGCCUGAGCACUUGGAGAGCUUCAUCACUGCUGCCAUGGAGUCGCCGUCCAAAAUCACACUGACCCCCGAGAUUGGGCUGCGAGAUACCUCCAGCGUUGAGCUGCAGCUGACUAGCAUCAUGUCAGCUGGCGAACUCGAGAAGGUCCAAUCCUUUGCGGUAAAGGGUCUUCCAAAGGAUACGAACACGGCGACCACGGAAGCGCUCCUCAAGAUGGCUCACCAAGCCGUCAAGUUGCAAGACAAGAUCGCAACACGCUUCGGCAGUGACAAGUUCGCCGCCUCUCUGCUAUCCAAGCCGUGGCCAGAGAUCACGGCAAAGAGAGAAGAGGACGGAGCGCUGCUCGCGGAAAUCUCGCUCCAAGUCCGUGUCCGACGACGGGCCUUUAUCGAACUCGCUGGCUCAACCGUCAUCCAGGAUUUACUGGAAGCAUUUAUUCUGAACGUCAUCAAAGAGCUGGUGCCGGAUCUGGACUUUACGCUGGUGGCCGUCGUCAUCAACGUAUCGUGCCAGUCAGUAGCCUCAGCGGAUAACACAACAACCGAGUCGGCCAUGUCGGCCAUGAAGGCCUUGAGCGAGGCGACCACUUACCCCGUUAACCUACCCCUGGAUGCCUACUUCCUACCCAAUUCGACCGACGUCUUUACCCUCCAUUAUCCGGGGGAAGAGCCAAAGGCAGCGGAGGGGGCCCCGCGCCUAACUGUCAACGGGAUACCAAUGGACUACAACUCUACGUCCAACUCGUUUAUGAGUACUCGUAUGCGAGGAGGCCAGACAUACCUGUUGACGGCUAGCUUCCCUGCAUCGCAGCUGCAGUGGUCAACACCCAAGCUCCUACCAGCUCCCAUCAACGACAAGAUGCUCCUGCCGUCGGCCAUAACACGGCAGGCUUCGGAAAUCAACGCCGCUAUUCUGCGGGUUGCUACCGUUUGUCAAGUCUUUUCCUUGACUGCCGAAGAGUUAGGAUCCUUUGCUGGUGCUCUGCAGGCGCAACAGGCUCAAGGGACGCGGCAGCAGAAGGAACAGUCAUCGCUGCGCAUGCUGGCUUUUGACCUGAAUGCACCUUCACUCAAAGACCUCAUCCAGUUCCACAAGUACUGCGACUUGAGGCGCAAUAGCUCUCCGCCGACGAUAGAGUCACAGGGGAGCCCCCUGAUGACCACGCUCUCCUGGUUGGGCACCACUGCCAGCGCAAAAAUGGACGACCUCGCCUCCAACCUUGCUGCCGGCACCUGCUGGAAUAAAACCCGUGUGCUUGCAGCUCUGCAGGCCAGGUACACCGACGCCGCGAAUCCUGACACAGGAACAUCAUUGGCUGCUCUGCGCAACAUAGACGCCCUCUAUAGUCUCUACACGGUUAUGGAGCUUGACGACAAGUUGGGCAAGGCCACCGGCGCACUGGCGUCGCAGCCCAGUAUGGCGACCCUCUUCCAGCUCGCUCAACCCCUCAAGGUGCUAGCGGCAGACGACUCGAGCACGGCACGGAGUCUCCAAUUUAGACAGUCGACUGAUGGAGAACCAGUGGCCUGCCCUGGUCGGAUAUCUCCUCCAGCAGCAGACGCGGACGGCCUGUUUGAACACUUCUUGAUCGAUGUCCAGAUGGGCCCGCAACUGUGUACGUCGCGGACCAAGCAAGCCAUUUCCGUUGUGCAACUCUUCGUGCAACGAUGUCUCCUUGGACUGGAGCCUGAUGUGCCCAAGGGCUGCCAGGUACGAGCCAAGCGGGAUUGGAUGCAACAGUACAGCCUCUGGGAGGUUAAUCGGAAGCUCUUCCUAUACCCCGAAAACUGGCUAGACCCUGCUCUCCGGGACGACAAGAGCGCGCUGUUUGAGAAGUUCGACGCCAGCCUGAUGCAGAAGAAUCUCAGCAUUGCUACCUUCGUCGAUGGUAUCCGUGCGGCUGCCGAUACCUUCCACUUGUUCGGCCGUACUCGCGCUGCAGCUCACACGUUCUACUACCGGACGGUGGCGGUGCAAUGGCCGAGCGGUGCCCGUCUACGGCGCCCCUGGUCCAAGAUCGACAUCGACAUUCCCUCCGUCGAGUCGGACUGGAAUGGUACGUGCUUAGCCAGCUCAGGUGCAUACUUGCUGCCCGUCCUGGCUGGUGGGAGCCGACUCUACCUCUUCCUACCACACAUCAUGCUCAGAACGUUGGACCGGAAACCAGACGAAUCGGAGAAGAAGAAAAGGUUUGAGGCCUUGCACGAAACCAAGAUCCAGGCUCUGGCUCCCCGACGGAUCUGGGAGACUACCAUGGCUUGGACAGAAUUGGCCAACGGCCAGUGGUCGCCCAAGCGUAUGUCCCCUGGCAGUGUGACCGUCGAGUCUCCUACAAUGCCCGCGGCGACGGAUUUCCGGGUUGAUACAGUACACAACUCGACUACAGGCAGCCUGACCCUGCUUGUCAGUCAUACCUCCGCAACUGAUGGACGAGCGACGGUGGUCGGCUAUUUUGUCUUCCGGGAAGACCAGAUUAGUGCUGUUGACCUGGCUGUCAAUCCAUCGGCAGCUGUUGGAAUACAUGCGCAUGACCGCAUGGUGCGUAACUCGUUCCAGCAGAUCAGCGUCAAGGUCGAGCCGAGCAGUCCAGAAACCCAGUACACCAAACUUUCUUUGCCAUCCGCAUCAACCGAAUCGGAUCCGGCCUGGCAGCGCCCGGUCGACAUGAUGGUUUGGGUUCCUGCUGCACUUGACACCCUCAAUCGUAAAGCAACCGGGGGCACGAUCGAGCUUCCUCAGGGCCAAGACCCUAGCGAGAAGCUCAUAUGGACACUGGCCAUGGAAUCCAAGGAAAGCCGACUCACGUGCCUGGCUCUCAGCGCGAACCGCUCCGACGGCACGAGCAGAAGCUACUUCCAAGUGCCCAAGUCCGAAAUGCGCAGUAUGUGGCGGACAGCCAACAAUAUGCACAAUCUCAUGGACAGCGUUGUCAUGGACCACGUCUCUGCCACCGGUCUGAUGCAGGCGGCUGUUGACCGGACGAAUCCACUGCAGAGCGUCUUCAAUCUGAUCGCCUCCUCUGCGUCAGCGUAUGGGUUGGAAACCUUUGGCGCGUACGGGAAAAAGCUGUGCCACGAGCUGGGCCGACCGAGUGCGCUGUACAACUGGGAGAUUGGCCUCCAUGCCGUGAUGCUGGCCAUGGAUCGGUUCCACGCGACGCAGCAGUUCGAUGAGGCCCUUCAGGUUGCCCGACUCGUCUUUGAUCCAACCGUUGACGUCGAGGUCCAGAGGUUGAUCAAGCAGGUUAACACCAAGGGAGAAGAUGGUAAGCACGCAGUUGUAUCUGAGGUGGUUGUCUCGCCUCUGGCUGCCAGUGCCUCUGCGCUCUUGUCCACCGAUACGGCGAAGGUGACUCUGGAGGCUCGCAGUCAAUCCGUUGGCUCUGCGUGGCGGUUCCCUCCUUUCCAGGACAUUGCCCGCCGUAUUGCAGCAGUCGGGAAAAAGGGCACCAUGGGCGCAGGCUUUGAUGCGAAUCGUGAGCUCGAGGCGGCCAUCCUGGAACGUCGAUCCCACAGUGCAUUGGUCCAUGCUACAGCCCGUGGUCGACCCGAGGCGUAUAUGAAAUGGAUCCUCAUGAAGUACGUUGAGAUUCCCGUUGCCAGCGGCGACGUCCAUUUCCGGAAGGGCACGCUUGAGAGUCUACACCUGGCGACGCAGCGGUACAUGGAAGCGACGCACGUCCUCGGGCCAGAACCACCGCUGGUAACACGGUUUGGGGAACGCAACAGCGUUGGUCGCGAUUCCACCUUUGAGGAUCUCUCUCGAGGUCGAGAGCCGUGGAAUUUCGAGCGGCUGUGCCAAGAGGACAUGCGCUUCGCGAUCCGUCUGCCCUUCUCCCCCGAGUUGGAGCUGCUCAAGGGUGCAGCCGCCAAGGGAGACAAGGACAUGGGCAAGGAGAAUAUUGUUGGUUUCUUGCUUACCCCAUACUUUGGCGUGCCCGUGAACUCCAAGUUCCGCCAGAUUCGCAGUGUGAUCAAGCAGCGGCUCUUCAAUGUUCGCAAUAGCCUGGAUAUCGACGGCCGUCCCAUCACGUACGCGCUCACCGAGCCCUCCAUCGACCCAAGGGCCCUCGUAGCGCUCAGUGCAGCGGGAUUUGACAACGCCAGUGCGUCGGCCAUGGUCAUGGGCGAUCAGGACUCUCCCCUCCCACAUCAGCGCUUCGAUGUCCUGAUUCAUCGAGCGCUGGAGCUCUGCGGAGAGGUCCGGGCUCUCGGCGAACGACUGGUCAAUGCGAUCGAAAAGGAGACCGAGGCCUUUGGAGUGCUUCGCGCAAAACAUGCCACGGCUAUCCAGCGCACGAUGUAUAGCAUCAAGGAGACACACAUGACCGAGGCUCAGCAGACCAUUGACUCACUACGCCUCAACCGCGAUUCAGUCGUGUCCCAGCUGGCCUACUACCUCGCCUUCCUUGGCGAGUCCGAGUCGCUGAUUCCGAACGAGAAAAGCGCAUGGAGCGACCUGAAGCAGGAUAUCGACAAACCCACCCAGGACGACCUGCGCAUGUCGCAGCAUGAACAGCACGAAAUGAACAUGGCCACGGCUGCAAUGGCGCUCAACGUGGUCUUGGCGGGAAUCGACACGCUCGUCGCCCCGUUUUGCAUGGUCCCAUCCGUCUCCAUCAACUCGAUGCCCAUGGGUAUCGGUACCAUCAUCGCAGCCGGCGGUGGCAGCACCAUCUCGAACUUCAUGCAAGCAGGGCCCACGGCCCUCAAGAUGGCGGCCAUGGUAGUGGCGGAACAAGGUAGCCAGGCAGCGCGCAAGGUCCAGCUGACACGCCAAAUGCAGGACCGUCGGCUACAGGCCAACAUGCGUGGUCGCAAGAUCAAGAGCAUCAACACGCAGAUUGAAAUUCAACGCACGCGGCUCAGGACGGCGCAGCAGGAGCUGCAACUGCAGGAGUCUGAGGUACAGGAGUCGGUGCAGGUCGAGACGUGGUUGCGCAGCAAGUACACGAACGAGGCGCUGUAUAGCUGGGUCGAGAAGAGCUUGCGCAGUCUCUACUUCCAAGCCUAUACGCUGGCGAUGAGCACUGCACGCAGCGCGGAGAGUGCCCUGGCAUUUGAGGACGGCCGGAAGCUGUCGAUCCUGCGCCCUGGCGGCUACUGGGACGCCUCACGGGACGGCCUGCUGGCGGCCGACCAUCUCUACCUGGACCCGAAGCGACUCGAAGCGGCGCAUCGCGAGGGGCGUCGACAUGAUUACGAGAUCAGCAAGACCAUCUCGCCGCGCCAGGUCGAUCCCAUGGCGCUCAUGCGUCUGCGCAUCUCUGGCAGCACGACCUUUUCGCUGAGCGAGAUGCUCUUCGACCUCGACUUCCCCGGCCACUACAUGCGCCGAAUCCACUCCGUCGCCGUGUCCAUCCCUGCCGUGCUCAGCCCGCACAGCGGUGUCAACGCCACGUUGACCCUGCAGCAGCACAAGUACCGCGUGCUCCAGACGGCCGCCACGCCAGAGGAAUACGCCGCGUCCUGGUCCACCAUGUCGGCCAGCAACGACGAGGCCUUCCGCACCGAUCGGGUGCCCAUUUCCGCCGUGGCGAUCAGCUCGGGCACACAUGACGCGGUUGUCUUUGAGCUGAACUUUGCCGGAGACCGCUACCUGCCGUUUGAAGGGGCGGGGGUUGUCUCGUCAUGGAGACUCGACCUGCCUACUGAGGUGCCUCGCUUCGACUACAACAGCAUUGCGGACGUCCAAUUGCACGUGCAGUAUACUUCACUUGACGGCGGUGCCAGUCUCCGAGCGGCCGCCAACGGUGCGGUACGAAAGGCACUCAAGGCCAUUGAUAAUAGCGGCACCGGCCGUGACAAUGGGUUCUGGGCCAUGUGGAACUUGAAGAAUGACUUUGUCAACGAGUGGUAUGAAUUCAGUGGUCAACUGACGGCCGCGAGAGAGGACAAAUCCGCGGCGGCGGGACAGCGGGAAAUCGCCAUGACAUUGGGCGAUUUGGCUGAACGGCUCCCCUUUUGGGCGCGUGACCUUGGCCAGCUUGAAGUGCGUGGCAUCACUCUGGUGUCCAAGAAUGUAGGACUAGUCGAUGCCAUGAGCGUCUCGGUGGUGCCGGGUCUGUGGGAUUCCAAGUCUAUUCUGGACUGGCGGGUGUGGUCGCGUCAGAAGCUGGAGGAGACGGAUUGGAAGGGAUGGGAGUUCAAGGCGAAGGCCGGCAGCCUCAAGGCGGAUGAUACAGUGGGCGAUGUCUACAUGUUGGUCCGCUAUGGCAAGAAGUCAUAG